AAGUUGUAAUUUAUAUAAGGGUUUAUCUUUCUUGUUUUUUUAAAAGUGUCUAAAGCAUGCCACUAACUACUUUUCGAGAUGAAAAUAUUAUUGUGAUUCAUGUCGGGUCAUAUAAGACACGUGCAAUUCUUGGACUUUCUGAGUCAUUAACACCGCCAACUGUGAAAAUAUUGACACGAGUGGGUAUUCGAAAAGGAUUAAAUAAUGAAAUUAGAGAGAAAAAUUGUCAAGAAAAUUAUCUCGUUGGAGCUGAUCUUGAUGAAGCACUAAUUUCUGACAAGGAUAUUGAAAUAAUAUGGCCUAUUAAGCAAGGGGUUGUAAAAAAUUGGAAAGCGCUAGAAGCAAUUUGGAAUUAUAUUUUAUAUAAGAUAAUGAAUAGACCCUAUCCACCUCAGCCAAGAACAUUUGUAAAUCCAGUUUAUUUAAUUGUUCCACCUCAAUGGAAUUUUCGAGAUAAGGAACUUGCAACGCGUAUCUUUUUUGAAGAACAUCUUGUCGCAGGAUUUGCAAUAGGCAAUUCAAGUGUUCUUCCCUUGUAUGCAAUGGGGCAUCUUUCAGGUCUUGUUAUACAUAUUGGUCAUGAAAAAACAGACAUUACUCCGGUAUUAGAUGCACAAGCAGUUGUGCCUGCAAGAGUGACAAUUCCUAUUGGCGGAAAAAGUAUAACGGAGUAUCUUCAUUCUUUACUUUUGUCAUCUCCUCCUAUUUUAAAAGAAACUAAUACACCUCUUCUUCCAGAAGAGAUUACAUUUGAGCUUUCAGAAAAAAUAAAAUGUUCAAAUAUUGUUGAAGUUAUUGUAGAAAAUGCUCAAGAAUCCUUUCAAAAGCUAUUAAAUAGAGAAAACGAUAACUUACCAUUUCCAGAUAGUAGCAUGGAUGGUGUAGAAGAUGUAGCAUCAAUUGUUGCUAGUGGUAAAACAAGGGAAUAUUUAGCUCAAAAAGAAGCAGAAAAAAAUCAGAGUAAAAAAGGUCAAAAAGCUGAAAACGUUAUAUUAGACAACAAACAAAUGAUUUAUAACCAAUUUACAAUGGAUAACAAUCAGAUUAUAUUAGUUGGAAAAGAAAGAUUUAGAAUGUGUGAUUUUUUUUUUAAUGAUGUUAAAGAUGGAAGACUUGAUAUUCUUAAUGCUGUCUAUAUAGCAACAAAUAAUCCUAGUAUUGAAUCAAAUAGGCGUGCUGAACUUUGGGAAAACAUUGCUAUUGUUGGUGAAGGAUCCAGAAUUGCAGGGUUUAAAGAACGUAUUUUUUCAGAUCUAACUCAAAAAUAUGUUUCUGUCAUCGAAAAUUCCUCUCAAAAACAUCAUAAUCUACCUAUAUCAACAUAUACAACCUCCAAUACAUCAUCAAAUCUUAAUUCAAGUUAUUUGGUCUAUCAUAAUCCACCAAUUAUUUUUCCAUCAACAAUUCGGCUUGCAAAGAUACCAGAUUUCUUUCCUGAAUGGAAAUCAGACAGAAAUUCCAAUGCAGUUUUAGAAGAAGCAUGUUUUCUUGGUGGAGAAAUUGUUGCUAAAUUAUCUUUUAAUGAUCCAAGUUCAAAAAAUUAUAUGGGAAGAGGCGAAUACAAUGAAAAUGGACCGCCUUAUAUUAACGAAAUAUGA